AUGCCAGGGCUUACUCCCACGCAACUUGCAGCAUUCAACCGUGACGGCUUCCUCGUGAUCCCUGGAGCUCUUUCUGCCUCGACCUGUGACGAUUUACGAGCUAAAGCUAACGAAUAUGUCGCACAAUGUGAUCUGAACAAACAUCGCUCCAUCUUUACUACGAAUAACCAGACGCGUCGUAUGAAUGACAAGUAUUUUCUCGAGUCAGGUGACAAGAUUCGCUACUUUUUUGAGGAAAAGGCGUUUAAAGAGGAUCAGAAGACGUUAGCGGUGCCUCUGAAUGUUGCAAUCAACAAGAUCGGCCACAAUCUGCACAACCUCGAGCCAGUGUUUCAGCAAGUGAGCUACGCUUCUGAGGUCAAGGACAUUCUCAAGUCACUCAACUAUGUACGUCCUUUGGUAGUGCAGUCCAUGUAUCUCUUCAAACAGCCGAGUAUAGGAGGAGAGGUGAAGCCUCAUCAGGAUGGAAGCUACCUCUACACAGAGCCACAGUCAGUGGUAGGGUUCUGGUGGGCUCUGGAAGAUUGCAUGCUUGAGAAUGGGUGUCUGCAUGGCGUACCAGGCUCUCAUUUGACUGUGACUGUGCGGCAAAGACUACGACGCACUACAAAAGAGCAACAACAGACAAACGGAGGUUUACUGCUGGAAAAUGUACCUGAGACGAUAGAGCCGUUCGAUGUGAGCAAAAGCCAGCCACUGAUCACGAAAAAAGGAGACCUGGUGCUGCUGCACAGCUCAUUUGUGCACUACAGCGAAGCCAACCGAUCGUCCAAGUCACGCCACGCGUACUCGAUCCACGUAGUGGAGAGUCACGAGGUGGAGUACCCAAAGGAUAAUUGGCUGCAAAUGACCGACAACGUGCCUUUGAAGCCGAUGUACGAGAGCUGA